AUGCCGUCCAGGCUGGCCGGCCCGGGGCGCUCGCCGGCGGCUCCGCGGCAGCCCCGCGCCCCCGCGCCCCCGCGGCCCGAGGGCAGCAUGCUCCCCGGACCGCGCCCGGACCUCGCCUGCGCGGGCUCCCCGCGCCCCCUGAGCAUCCCCGCCGGCCCCGAGGACCCCCACGCCCGGCCCCGGCCCUCCCCGAAGCCGCCGCCCAGGCCCAGGCUGGAGCGCGCCCUGUCGCUGGACGAGAAGGGCUGGCGGCGGCGGCGCUUCCGCGCCAGCGGCGAGGACCUGGACGCCCAGGACCCGGCCGGCCCGCCCAGGGCCUCCGAGGACCCCGGGGCCCCCAUCCGCGAGGCCGCGCCCCCGAGCCUGAGCGCCUCCCUGCAGGAAAUCCCCAGCUCGCGCCGCGCCCAGGCUGCGGGGCCGUCCUCCUGGGGCAACUGCCUGUCGGGCAUGAUCAGCUCUUCCCUGGACCUCCUGCACCGCGAAGGGGCCGCGGGCAGGGGCACCCCCAGGCUGGCCGGCCUGCUGCCCCCACGCCUGCCGCCCGCCGCGGACCUGAGGACGGCCGGCAAGGCGGGCGCCGACCAGGAGGACAAGCCGCGCCUGCAGACCCGGCUCUUCCGGGCCCACAGCAGCCUGGGCCCCAGCCGCGCCCCCAGCCCCCUGACCUACGACCACGGCUCCCUCCGCUCGGCCAAGUCCUCCUUCAGCCUCCUGGCGCCCAUCCGCGCCAAGGACGUCCGCAGCAGGAGCUACCUGGAGGGGAGUCUCCUGGCCAGCGGGGCGCUGAUGGGGGCGGAGGAGCUGGCCCGGUACUUCCCCGACCGGAGCCUGGCCCUCUACGUGGCCACCUGGAACAUGCAGGGCCAGAAGGAGCUGCCCGCAAACCUGGACGAGCUCCUGCUGCCUGCCGAGGCCGACUAUGCCCAGGACCUGUACGUGGUGGGGGUCCAGGAGGGCUGCUCCGACAGGCGGGAGUGGGAGACGCGCCUGCAGGAGACGCUGGGCCCGCGCUACGUCAUGCUGCACUCGGCGGCGCACGGCGCGCUGCACCUGGCGCUGCUGCUGCGCCGGGACCUCAUCUGGUUCUGCUCAGAGGUGGAGAGCGCCACGGUGACCACCCGCAUCGUGUCGCAAAUCAAGACCAAGGGCGCCCUGGGCGUGGGCUUCACCUUCUUCGGCACCUCCUUCCUCUUCAUCACCUCCCACUUCACCUCCGGGGACGCGAAGGUCAGCGAGCGGCUGCUGGACUACAGCAAGACCGUGCAGGGCCUGGCGCUGCCCAAGAACGUGCCGGACACGAGCCCCUACCGCUCCGACGCCACCGACGUCACCACGCGCUUCGACGGCGUGUUCUGGUUCGGAGACUUCAACUUCCGCCUGAGUGGCGGCCGCGGGGCAGUGGACGCCAUCCUGAAGCGCGGCCCGGGGGGCGACGUGCGGGCGCUGCUGCAGCACGACCAGCUCACGCGCGAGAUGAGGAAGGGGUCCAUCUUCAGGGGCUUCCAGGAGCCGGACAUCCACUUCCUGCCGUCCUACAAGUUCGACGUCGGGAAGGACUCCUACGACAGCACGUCCAAGCAGAGGACGCCGUCCUACACGGACCGGGUCCUGUACAGGAGCCGCCACAAGGACGACAUCUGCGCGGUCAGGUACUCCUCCUGCCCCAGCGUCAGGACGUCGGACCACCGGCCCGUGUACGGCCUGUUCCGGGUGAAAGUGAGGCCCGGGAGAGACAACAUCCCCCUGGCUGCCGGCAAGUUCGACCGGGAGCUGUACUUGCUGGGGAUUAAACGGCGGAUUUCCAAAGAGAUGCAGCGGCAGCCGGCGCCGAGCAGCCAGAACUCCAGCGCCGUGUGCGCCGUUUCCUGAGCUCAACGGCGGGGCGGGGCCGCACCUUUAGGGGCUCUCACUCUUGGGGCACAGUGGGGCCGCUGUGAGCGGCUGUCCCGCGGCAGGUGCCCGGCCUCCUCCUUGGGACGGGUCCAGAUAGGCUGACCCAUAGCUGUCCCCACAGACAGCCCUUUGAGUGUCCCCCUCACCAGCCCAGCCCGGCGUUCGCGCUGGCCACGCCACCUCCAGUCACUCGGGGGGCCACUGCUUGAGUGGGGCUGGCGCUGGGCCGCUCACAGGCCCCCCCGCCCUCCUGUCCAUUUGCAGCCAGGCACAGCCUCCAGUCCGAGGCCCUGGCAGCCCCUUGGCGCCUGCCCCAUCUCUGAGCACAGGGGGCUGCCUCUGCCCCCCCACCCCGCCCCCAGAGCCUCCCGUCCAUCCUCAGGCCGAGGGGGCACCCCGCCGCUGGGCCUGGGGGGAGGCUGGUUCUCGGCGUUGGGCAGGGAAGCCCUGGCCAGAGAAGCCGGCAGCCAGCGGCCCCCAUUUUCUUUGGCCCCCGUCUUGGAGCUGCUGUCACCGUCUCGUCUCAAAUCAUCUGACAGGAACAGGUCUUGAACGUGUCAAAGCCUAGGGCAUUCAAUCUAGUCUUUUAAAUUAUUUUUCCAUAUUUAUAUUUUUAAAUAAAUGCAUACG